CCGUUCUCAUGGUAACCAACGUAAACACAGCCGCCUUUCCUCUCUCUCUACCUCCUCCUUGUUUCCAUCCUUGCGGCUCUCGGCUCUGCCACUGCUCCAAAACGGAUGAAAAUGUCAGGCUCGACUUGCAGCGAGGACCGGUACCAUGCAAAGAUAGCGUCGAUUCAGCAAAACGUGCAUGAAAGUGAGAAGCGCAGACUGGAGCUGGAGAGGGAGCUGUUUGCCUACUCCAGAUCUGAUUCAAGAAUCUUGCAGAUAAAGUGUUCCAAACUGCGCAGCUAUCUCAAAGAAAUCUGUGGCAGGGAAGCACGAGCGAAAAAGAGAAACCUUGAGCUUAAGAGAAAUGUGGAGUGCAUGGAAAUUAGCAUGAAGGAGUAUAGUUUCGACCAUGGCCCCCUGCAACAACAAAAGGCUGACCUUUUGGAAAAGAUUUCCAGAUUCACUGACAACAGCAGAAACACGCAGGAGCUGGAAGCAGCAAAGGUUAAAGCUGUGCAAAGACGACAGUGGGACAGCAGCAGGAACUUCAAGUCAGUGGAAAUUUUUAUGGACCACCAGACCUCCAGAGGCUACGAUGCUGAAGCUGGCACCUCAAGUGUACUCUCACACCAAGCAUUGCAGCGAUCGCCCAAUCGCAGCAUGCACCCGUGCGAACGUCUACCAAGUGGCCUUUUGAAGGACGUCAGAGUUGGCAGAGAGGAUGCCGCCAGUAAGCGAGCACAUUUAUCAGAUGACAUUUCAGGCUCAAACGAUUCCCCUGACGGCUGUAAUUUGAGUGACAAACAUGAAAGAGCGUCGAGGCUGCUUCCAUCUGCUCGUGCCUCAACAGCCGCAGCUGGUUGUGUGGUUUCCGCAAGUGAUGAUGAACGAGAAGCUUCACCUCCGGUGACCUUGACGGGGUCUGAGAAGAAUCCAUCUCCCAGCAACAGUAACCCUGCAAUGGCUAAGAAUCCGCCUGCAGAACCCACCGACUCCCAAGAGGUAGCUCGCAAGCCUCUCGUAAUGGGAGAUGAAGAGAGAGGUCUUGGCCAUUUGAAACCUGAAACCACUUUUAGAAGAAAAGCUCAAGAGACAUCAGGAAAAUGUGAGAGUGUUGGUGAACCAAGCUCAGAUGUGCAGUUGUCAGAGAGCAGUUCCAGUGACCUGACAAUUUCUUUGACACAAUCGGAGCUCGAGGAGGAUUUACCAGACGAGGCAGUGUCAGAGAGAAAUGCCUCUUUCAGAGGAAGUGGUGAUCACAAGCAGCAUUGUCCUGAUUCAUCCCCCUGCUCUGAUGGGUCUGAGAACACAGAACAGUUAAACAGGGAAUCCUCAACACCAGGGCCGACGUUGAAAAGCCUCUCCCUGGAAGGACUCUUUAAUCUGCUGGACAGCAUCGAAGGGCGACUCCACGGCGAGCAGAGCCACGUUUACAGAGAUUCUUCAAUAGAUGGAAGUCAACUCAACAGGAUUAUCAGCCUUUGUUACAAUGGAGCGGGUUUGAAUGAUGAGGACCUUGAAGCAUGUGGAGCUGUCGUCCUUCAUGAGCUUGGGAGGUUGUCAUGGAGUAUGGAAAAGGGCUGCGUGCUGCCACAAGAGCUGCGGAUUCUGAGACAUACCAUACUACAAUUUGAUCAGUCUCCAUUCUCCACACACAUUAAAGGUCAUCUUUGGUGUCACCCCACACUGCCUGGCACCAGCCUCCCUCCCAAUGCUGCUCGGCUGUGGGAUCGCUGGUUCAAGCAUGCCCUUGUGCUCAAGGAGAGCUGUGUCCUCAGCACUGAGCGCUUGGUCCAACUGUUCACGCCUCUUCUACUGGAGCGUGAUGCCGACUGCAGCCAGCAGGCCAAAGUGUUGCUAAGGGCACUUCUCUCCUGGUCCACUGAGGAGGGCCCCUCAGCAGAGGAUGAGAGUGACUCUUCUUCUUUGUGCAAUAAUUCCUCUGGCUUGGCGGACGCAGAUGUGAAGCUCUCCCGAUCGGUACCCACGCAAUGUAUCCAAGAGCUACAAAGCACUGAAGAGGACAGCCAUGACGAAAGCCCGGUGGAAAGUGGUCCUAUUAGAGAGACAAAAGCAUAUCAGUUACUUAAACAGUCAGCCAUGCAGAAAAGACCGCUGAGUUCUGAAGAGGAGGAGGAUGAGGAAAGCAGCUUUUCAGGAAUAAAUCAUGGCCAUGAAGAGGACCUGGGGAGGGCCAAACGCUCCUCACAUCAAGACCCUUACCCUCGGAAAGGAAACUCAAAGGUGUAUUCUGCUCUGCAAACAAAAGGUUUUUGGCAGGAAUCUGAUGACAGCAACUCCGAGAUUGAAGCGGCCCUACGUCCUCCAACUUUCAACGCUGACAGCCAUGGCACCAAUGACUUUAAUGACUGAUGUUUCUGCAAUAUUAUAUCAGCGUAAAGCAUGAGGCAGAUCGGCUCUUAGUAAUUCACCCCCCUGACCAUACUUUUAUUGGUCUGCAUUCUAAAUCAUAUGCACAGCAUAUUGUAAAAACAAAUAAUAAAGUUGACAGCUCUCACGCUGGAUAAAGUAUGUGAAGAGUUGUCCAAUGCUCUGAUGUUAA